GUAGAUUUUGUGGUCAUUCUUAAAUGGUCCUAACUGUGGUUGCAUUUGCCGUCAAGUUAGUUUCAUCUCUCAUGUGAAACUACUGCACCCCCCCACCUCUUGUUUUCCAAGGCACUAACACCCCCUAGCUAGCUACCCCAAGAGUUACUCUUUCUUUUGUCUUUCCAAGGAAAAUUUUUUCAGCCACCUCUCUCUCUCUCUCUCUCAUGGCUGUGUCAUCAGUAAUCCUUGAUUGUCUUCGGAUGAUUUCGUUGGGUUUGAUUUUGGCUGUGGGACUUGUUGCUCCACAAGCCGAGGCCGCCAGGGCAUUCUUCGUGUUUGGAGACUCUUUGGUGGACGCCGGCAACAACAACUACUUGGCCACCACUGCACGCGCGGAUUCGCCUCCUUAUGGCAUUGAUUAUCCGACGCACCGUCCCACCGGCCGGUUCUCUAAUGGCCUCAACAUCGCUGAUCUUAUCAGCCAGCUCAUUGGUUCCCAACCCACAUUGCCUUACCUGAGUCCGGAGCUAAGGGGACAGAAACUACUUGUCGGAGCCAACUUUGCUUCUGCUGGAGUCGGAAUACUUAACGACACCGGUAUCCAGUUUGUGAACAUAGUAAGAAUAUACCAACAGCUAGCAAACUUCCAACAGUACCAGCAAAGAGUGAGUGCUUUGGUAGGGAAAGACCAGGCUAAGAAGCUGGUAAAUCAGGGGCUCGUUCUGAUCACCUUGGGCGGGAACGACUUCGUCAACAAUUACUAUUUGAUCCCUUUCUCUGCUAGGUCCCUUCAAUUCGCUCUCCCGGCUUACAUCCCCUUUCUCAUCGCUGAGUACCAGAAAAUUUUGCAGAGAUUGUACGAUUUGGGGGCUCGUAGGGUGCUGGUAACGGGGACAGGACCGUUAGGCUGCGUGCCAGCAGAACUGGGAAUGAGGAGCAGAAACGGGGAAUGCGCGACUGAUCUCCAACGGGCUGCAGCCUUGUUCAACCCGCAACUCGUCCAAAUGGUUACUAACCUCAACAACAAAACAGGCAGCCAUGUCUUCAUUGCUGCCAAUGCGCAGGAAAUGCACAUGGAUUUCAUCGUUAAUCCUCGAGCAUAUGGAUUUGUUUCAUCAAAAAUAGCAUGUUGUGGGCAAGGACCGUACAACGGGCUCGGACUAUGCACGCUGGCAUCCAACUUGUGCGCUAACAGAGAACAGUACGCGUUCUGGGAUGCUUUCCAUCCGUCAGAGAAGGCAAACAAGAUCAUCGCACAACAGAUCAUGUCGGGGUCGAACAAGUACAUGCACCCCAUGAAUCUCAGCACCAUCAUGGCAUUGGAUUCUAUGGCAUGAAAAAUGUGAUUGAUCUCUAUUCUCUAGCUAGCUACAAGAGAAAAUCUCUCUCUACCUCUUUGUUGCCCAAUAUCUUUGAUGAUCACUCCCAGUUUGUUCCUCUACUUGUUUUUAUCUGUUUUCUCUGUUUAUGCUUUCUUCUGGGAUAGCUUGCAUUUGCUGGUUUUUUCCAUCAAUAAUGGAGAUAUGUAGCAACAAGGGAGCAACAACAUUGAUGAACUAUUGAGGGGAUGUGUUUAUCUUUGUUUUUUGGUCAAUAAAUAGCUCUAAUAAUGCUUCUCUAA